AUGCUUCAACGAAGAUGGUUUAGCUCGUUCAAAGCUGGUGAUGUUGCUCUCUUAAGGUCUAUUGUACGUGCAGACAAGUUUUGGCUUACAAAUCCAUUGGUUUCAGGUGGGAAGACUAAUGUGUUUGAUGGUCAUAUUAAGCAUGAUGAUAUAGUGGGAUUGAAAUCAAGAAGUAUUGUAAAGUCUAGUUCAGAAAAAUCUUCAUUUAUAGUCACACAGGCUAGCACGGAGGAUUAUAUUAAUUUGAGUAAAAGAAGUGCACAACCAAUAUAUCCUUAUGAUGCUGCUGCCAUUGCCAAUUUAGCAGAUUUCCAUUUUGAUUAUCCAGAAUUAGAUGAAGAUAAUAAACUAGUGGAUUCACCAAUACAAUUAUUAGAAGCUGGUACUGGACAUGGUUCAUUAUCAUUAGCAUUAUGCUCGAAAAUUCACCCAUUAAACUGUUUCAAUAAGAAAUUUGGUGCAAGAGGUGGUAUAUUACAUACUAUAGAUCAUAAUAAAUUACAUUCAGAAAGAGGUCAACUUACUAUAAGGAAUUUUAGACGUGGUAUUUAUGAGGAUAAUGUUGAAUAUCAUGUAGCAAAUUCACCAAGUGAAUGGUUACAAAAUGAAGCAGAAUCUUGGAGAUCAUUAGAAAAAAUCAAUUCAAAUGAAGAUCAAUAUGAUGGAUUUUUAAGUGGUGCAUUUUUAGAUAUGCCAAAUUUCCAUUUAGAAGUUGAACAAAUUGCUAAAGAUUUAAAACAAGAUGCUCCAUUGAUAGUUUUCUGUCCUUCAGUUACACAAAUAUUAGAUUUAUUAAACGUAAUUAGACAAAGUCAAGGUGAUAUUAAAUUAACACAUACACAAACCAUUCAAUUAACUCCAGGUAUGGGAGGUGGAUUACAAGAUUGGGAAGUUCGUUAUACCAAUAUUAGAGUUAGUGGAGAAGUUGGUGUUAUUUGUAGACCAAAAGUUGGUACAAAAGUUGUUGGUGGUGGAUUUAUUGGUAUUUUUAAAAAACUUUCAAAUAAUGCAAAUAUUAAACCAAAAUAUUACAAUCAACAAGAAGAAUCAAAUAUUAAAACCCAAUAUUGA